AUGCAAAUUUUUGAUGGAUUUAAAAAAUACUUUCUGACCAUUUUUUCCAUCAUUUUUGUAUCAUUUCCCCCCCCACCAUUUUUGGACUUUUAUUCACCAUUUCUUGACCAUUUUUAGACCGAUUUUUUCACCACUUUUUCAGCCAUUUCCCGACCAUUUCCUCACCAAUUCCUGACCAUUUUUAAACCAUUUUCCCACCAUUUUUAAACCAUUUCCCCACCAAUUUUUUCCACCCAUUUCCUGACAAUUUCCCGACCAAUUCCUAACCACUCUCUGACCACUUUUUAACCAUUUUUUUCACCAUUUCCCCACCAUUUUUAGACCGAUUUUCCCACUCUUUUCUCCCCCAUUUCCCGGCCGAUUUUUAUACGAACCAUUUCCAUAAUUUUAAACCAUUUUAACCAUUUUUUUAACCAUUUUCCCCCAUUUUCCCGCCUUUUCCCCUCACGGCCCCGUCACCAUGGCAACAACGCCGCGCCGUCGCUCUCCAGUGACGUCACGCUGUCCUCCAGCUUCCCACAAUCCCCCGCGGCCGUGAGGGGAAGGGGGGUCCUCCUGUAUCCCAGAAUCCCCCGCGGCCGUGAGGGGAAGGGGGGUCCUCCUGUAUCCCAGAAUCCCCCGCGGCCGUGAGGGGAAGGGGGGGGUCCGCCUGCAUCCCAGAAUGCCCCGCGCGCGCCCCCUCCCUCCCUCCCUCCCGCCGCCGCUCGCUCGCUGCCCCGGGCCCGAGGCUCAGCCGGUGCAGCCACGUGACUCCCGGAGCCUUCCCCACCCCCCCAUCAGUGCUCCCAGUAACUCCCAGUAACUCCCAGUGACCCCCAGAGUGCUCCCAGUAACUCUCAGUGACCCUCCCAGUGCUCCCAGUAACUCCCAGUGACCCUCCCAGUGCUCCCAGUAACUCCAAGUGACCCCCAGAGUGCUCCCAGUAACUCUCAGUGACCCCCAUCACCCCUUCCCAGUGCUCCCAGUAACUCCCAGUGACCCCCACAGUGCUCCCAGUAACACUCAGUGACCCCCAUCACCCCUUCCCAGUGCUCCCAGUAACUCCCAGUGACCCCCACAGUGCUCCCAGUAACUCCCAGUGACCCCCAUCACCCCUUCCCAGUGCUCCCAGUCCCACUUCCCAUCACUCCCAGUGCCCAGAUCUGUGCUCCCAGUCCCUCCCAGUGCCUCCCAGUGCCCCCCAGUCCCCUCCCAAUCCCCUUCCAGUCUCCCCAGUCUCUUCCAAACUCACUCCCAGUCCCUCCCAGUGCCCAUCACUCCCCCUCCCAGUCCAUCCCAGUCCCCCCCAGUGCCCUCUCAGUUCUUUCUGGUCCCCAUAUCCUUGCUCCCAGUCCCUCCCAGUCCCUCCCAGUCCCCAUAACUCCCCUCCCAGUUGCUCCCAGUCCCUUCCAGUCCCCAUAAAUCUACUCCCAGUCCCUCCCAGUCCCUCCCAGUCCCCAUAACUCCCCUCCCAGUGCCUCCCAGUGCCCAUAACUCCCCUCCCAGUGCCCAUAACUCCCCUCCCAGUUCCAUCCCAGUGCCCAUAACCGCCCUCCCAGUCCCUCCCAGUGCCCAUAACUCCACUCCCAGUCCCUCCAGUGCCCCCCAGUGCCCAUAACUCUACUCCCAGUCCCUCCCAGUCCCUCCCAGUGCCCAUAACUCCCCUCCCAGUCCCUCCCAGUCCCUCCCAGUCCCGCCCAGUGCCCCUAACUCCACUCCCAGUCCCUCCAGUGCCCAUAACUCUACUCCCAGUCCCUCCCAGUCCCUCCCAGUGCCCAUAACUCCCCUCCCAGUUCCUCCCAGUGCCCAUAACCCCCCUCCCAGUACCCAUAACCCCCCUCCCAGUCCCUCCCAGUCCCUCCCAGUCCCUCUCAGUGCCCAUAACUCCACUCCCAGUGCCCAUAACCGCCCUCCCAGUCCCUCCCAGUCCCUCCCAGUCCCUCCCAGUGCCCAUAACUCCGCUCCCAGUGCCCAUAACUCCCCUCCCAGUCCCUCCCAGUCCCUCCCAGUGCCCAUAACUCUCCUCCCAGUCCCUCCCAGUCCCUCCCAGUGCCCAAAACUCCACUCCCAGUCCCUCCCAGUGCCCAUAACUCCACUCCCAGUGCCCAUAACUCCCCUCCCAGUCCCUCCCAGUCCCUCCCAGUGCCCAUAACUCCCCUCCCAGUCUCUCCCAGUCCCUCCCAGUCCCUCCCAGUGCCCAUAACUCCCCUCCCAGUCCCUCCCAGUCCCUCCCAGUACCCCCCCCCCAGCACCCCCACCAUGUCCUCCUGCGCCGAGCUGCUCCGUUUCCAGCUGCCGGGCCACGAGGCGGCGGCGCUGCGCUCCAUGACGCGCCUGCGGGCCGAGGAGCGCUUCUGCGACGUCACCAUCGUGGCCAGGAGCCUGCGCUUCCGCGGCCACCGCGUCAUCCUGGCCGCCUGCUCGCCCUUCCUGCGCGACCAGUUCCUGCUGAACCCGGCGGCCGAGCUGCGCGUCUCGCUGGCCCACAGCGCCCGCGUGCUGGCCGACCUGCUGCUCUCCUGCUACACCGGCGCGCUGGAGUUCGCCGGCAGGGACCUGGUGAAUUACCUGACGGCCGCCAGCUACCUGCAGAUGGAGCACGUGGUGGAGAGGUGCAGGGGAGCGCUGGCCAGGUUCAUCCAGCCCUCCCCGACGGCGCCGGUGCAAGCUCCGAAGGCGGAGGAGGAUGAGGAUGAGGAGGACGAAGAGGACGCGACGGAUGUUUGUAUCGUGAAGGUGGAGCCGGCCACGCGGCGCAGGGGGAGGAGGUGGCCGGCGGUGGCCGGAGGCGAGGCGGUGACCCAAAGCGGAGGGGGGGUGACAGCCGUGGUGGCCGCGGCGCCGGACAACGCCACGGCGCAGCUGGGGGUGGUCAAGGCGUGCUACAGCCUGGCCGAGGAUGCCGAGGGCGAAGGUUUGGUCAUCUUCCCCGGUAACAACAACGCCGUGGCCACCAGCGAGGAGCCGCCGGGCAACCAAGGAGCUGUGGGCACCUCGGCCACCGCCACGCCAUCAUCAUCAUCGUCAUCAUCAUCAUCAUCGCGGUGUGGGAAGUGCGGGGAGAGCUUCCAGGGCGUGGAGAAGCUGGUGUUCCACAUGCGGGCGCAGCACUUCGUGUUCAUGUGCCCUCGCUGCGGGAAGCAGUUCAACCACAGCAGCAACCUGAACCGGCACAUGAACGUGCACCGCGGCGUCAAAUCGCACGGCUGCGGCGUCUGCGGCAAGAGCUUCACCCAGAAAUCCACCCUGCACGACCACCUGAACCUGCACAGCGGCGCCCGGCCCUACAGGUGCUCCUACUGCGACGUCAGGUUCGCCCACAAGCCGGCAAUCCGGCGGCACCUGAAGGAGCAGCACGGCAAAACCACGGCGCAGAACGUUCUGGAAGCGGGAGGGGCCGAGGGGGGAGUGGUGAUGCGUUGAUGUUGGGGUG